AUGGAACUCACUCGUUUCCUGAUGCUCGCCGCGGGCGUGCGGGCAGCAAUCAUUCCUUUAUCGCUUCCUGCUGUGACCCCUCUCACGCCUCUUCCUACUCCGCUUGUCAAUGGCGCUUCAACGAAUUCUUCCUGGAGCAAUACCACGGUCGUUAGGGGCGGUUUCCAGCCCUCGGAAAUUGCGGCCAAAGCUGAGACCACCAACCAGCCGGCUGAGCCCUCUACAUCUGAUACCAAACUCUACAUUGGAACGAGCGGCACCCACUGGUUCAUCGUAAGCGGCAGCAAUCCUCUGGCCACCCAGACAGCCAACAAUGCCACCGGCACCAACUCGCCCAAGGCAACGGCAGCACCGCAUGUCACUGGAGCCCCCGAGGUCAUGGAGCGGGUUUUCGAAAUCGGCGGCGUCACCAUCUCCGACAACUCCGAGUCGAAGCUCGUCGUCGGCAGCCAAACCCUGGAGCCGGGAUCGUCCAUCGUCGUUGGCACCGGCGCGUCCACCACGCCCAUCGCCAUCCACACCGAAAAGGGCACCACGCGCAUCGUCGUCGGUACCACCACGGCCAUCGUCCCCACCCCCACCCCCAUCCAGACGAAGAAGCCUGCACCGCAGACCAUCGUGACCAUCCCGGCCGGCACAAUUGCCUACAACUCGAAGUCGCAGAUCAUCGUCAACGGCCACACCCUGACCCCUUCUUCCACCCUGACUCUCGGCACCGGCACCAAAGCUACCGCCUACCACCUGGCUAUCAAACCCACCGCUACCUACCUGGCCGUAGCAUCCGAGGGCUCCGAGGGCGCGUCGACGACCAUGAUUGACCUCUGGGGAUCCAAGGCUGUUCCGACGAGACUGGAUCAGAAUGGAAGCGGCAGCUCCGGCACCGCCAAGCCGACGACUUCUUCCGCAGAGUCCACCGCCACAAGGAGCGCGGCCAAGGAGACGCUCACGCUCGGGGCGUCCACGCUAUCAACCAUUCCCACGGCGACGGCUGCCGCGUCCACGGCAACUGCCAAUAAAGGCAGCGCCGCCGCCGUGUUGACGGCCGACGACAGCGUGCCGACGACGACAACAACACCGGCUGCCAGCAGUGUAGCGGCCGCGACCUAUACUGGUGCGGCGGUGCCGAGCGCGAUGAUUGACUACUUAAAGAUAGGAGCUAUAGGCCUACCUCUAGUUAUUUUUAUCUAG